CUGGUACUUAUUUUGGUAAUAAUAUCCUACCGGAUUGGUAGAAGGUUAUUUCUUAGUGGUAGCUUUUACAUUACUGAACGGUAAUGUCUUUUGUUACCUGCUCCGAUAAAGUAACAUACAUAUAUGCCCCGAUGAGUAAUGAUUUCAUACCAGUUUUCUAAGAGUGCAAAUUUAUUUCAGUUAAAAUUAAUUUUUAUAUUAAUUCCAGCUGGACACGGUGCAUUGUUUAAUAAAAGUGCAUUUAGAUAAGGUAGCUUUAUCUCAUCAUGCUACCUAGUAUCCGGUCUAGCCCAUCUUCAGUUUUAACAGAAUUAUUACAACACGAAUUCAUGUACAUAAUACUGGUACAUAUUUAAACUUCCUAAUUAAUAAAAGACAAACAUGAAUUAUUAUCUUAAUUCGCGAAUUCUGCUCGACUUCACACUUCAUGUAAUUAUCACCUUAUCAAGUGCGAUGCGAAAUUUUGGGCAAGUUAAUUAAUUUAUCUUGCAGAACUCUUUAAGCUUAAAUUUCAACUACUUACAUAUAUACAUAUUUAUUAUUUCUUUUGUAGGAUUUGAAUUUUAAAAUUUAGCCUAUAGCUUAUGUCACAGACAAAAUUUGAUGUAUGCUUAAUCUUCACUCGUUUUUCUGAUCAAGGCCAUUGCAAUUUUUGGAAUGAAUUAAUGUAGAUGAAGAUACAGGAAACUCGCCCAUAUCAUUAUGAUUGACGAAAAAAUUCUCUUGGAGGAUACCUCGCACCUGUUGAAUUUCUCCUAAUGAUGAAAUCAACAGGUUACAGCUUUGGAAUUCCCGGCUUAUUAAUCGUAAGUCUAUGAGGUGUCUACCUGGCUGGAUGCCGAAGUGCAUAUAAACCCACUGACCUACCUCGGCACCAGUGCCAAACACAUUUCAGCAGUCAUGCCGCACAUUACGGAUUUAGUACAGUCUUGGUUUUUCCCGGACUUUGAGACCUCUUACGUGGAAUGGAACUACACGAAGAAUCCGACAAUUGAACCCUUCUCAUUUGAGCGGGACUAUUUCGAUCUGGCGUCAUGUCGCAAGUUUUGGUGGAAAAAUUCCCGUCUAGUCAUCCAAAUUGCGAUCCUUUAUAUUCUAACGGUUCAUGGCUUAGCUUGGUGGAUGAAGAACCGGAAGCCGUUUGAUCUUAAGAAAGGAUUAUUCGCAUGGAAUGUGGCACUCGCCGUUUUCUCCGCUUUCGGUUGGAUUCGGAUAUUCUCAGAACUGUGGGACGUGCUCUCUAGUCAGAAUGGUUUUCAUAGAUCGGUUUGCGUAAGGGACAUGUUUAACGUUUCGACUGGAUUCUGGUCGGUGGUGGUGCCCAUGUCCAAACUGGCAGAAUUUGUGGACACAAUCUUUAUCGUCUUGAGGAAGAGGCCGCUAACAUUUUUACAUGUUUAUCACCAUUCCGUGACGUUCGUGAUAAGCGUUAGCACCACCGUGCAGGGGGAACCGAUUAUCCGAUAUUAUGGAUCUCUUAACCUCAUGGUGCACACGUUGAUGUAUACCUACUUUGCGCUAUCGGCAAUUGAUUACAAACCAUCGCGGAAAUUCGCAAUGUGUCUCACCACUGUGCAAAUUCUUCAGUUCGUCGUUAUGCUGGGAGCCCAUGGAUACGCGAUUGGUGUAAAAUUGAGUGGGCAGCCAUGCGCGGUGUCUCGGGAAAGCAGCGUCACUACAAGUGUCAUCAUUUUUUCAUAUCUGAUCCUCUUCUGUCACGUAUUUUACAAAAAUUACUUAAACUGUACUCCAAAAUCGAGGGCAUCAAGAAUCCAAAAGGUAAAAUAAUAAAUUCACAGACUCACAAAUUUCACAGUAAAAUAAUAAAUCAAUUUUAUAAUUGUUUGAACUAACUUUUGACAUAAAAAUUAAUUUUAAAGAAAUAUAAUUAAAACUCUGUAGUUAAUGAUAUUUCUUAGAAUUAUAGUCUCACAAUCAGUGAGGUUAAUGUUUGUACAUAUCGAUUCUGCGUAGUAAAUUUCUUCGACAUUGUAAUUCUUGUAUCUAAUGUAAACCGUGGGGUACAUACAUUAUGCAUGUAUUUAUGUAUCUACUCAAACACUCUAGAUUUGCAUAAUAAACCCUGCAUUAAUAUAGAUUUGUGGGUAAAUACAUAUUUAUGGAAAGUGAUACAUUUUAUCUUGAAA